UGUAAAUAGAAUUUUCCCAGCCCAGGACUCCUGCGGGCUGUUCAGACCGAUCGGUAAAGUUUCGGGUUAUGAUCCAAUAAGGCAAGCCCACUGACAAUAUAAGAAAAGGAAAACAGAGAAAAUUUGAAAGGAAGACGACAAUGGCGGUGGUGGGUAUGGACCGCAUGGUGGGUCAAACACUGUUUUCGUUGAUGGUGGUGGUGGUGCUGUUGUUAGCAAUCUCUGGUUCAGCGUCUUCGUCGUCGACGGAGCAGUUUCCGGUGGACGGAAAGGUUUUGGAGCUCGACGAAUCCAAUUUCGAUUCGGUUAUUUCGUCUUUUGACUAUGUCUUGGUCGAUUUCUAUGCUCCCUGGUGCGGCCACUGCAAGCGUCUCUCUCCCCAGUUGGAUGCAGCUGCCCCUGUGCUUGCUGCUUUGAAACAGCCUAUAGUGAUAGCUAAAGUGAACGCUGAAAAGUUUUCUCGUCUGGCUCAAAAAUAUGACGUUGAUGCAUAUCCUACUAUCAAGUUAUUUAUGCAUGGUGUCCCAGUAGAGUAUAAUGGACCAAGGAAAGCAGAGUUACUUGUCCGUUAUCUGAAGAAAUUUGUGGCUCCUGAUGUUACUGUACUUGAUUCAGACACUGCUAUCAAGAACUAUGUAGAGGAAGCUGGCACUUACUUUCCUAUAUAUAUUGGUUUUGGCUUAAAUGAGUCAGUGAUAUCAAAUUUAGCCAUAAAAUAUAGGAAAAAGGCAUGGUUUUCAGUGGCAAAGGACUUUUCAGAGGAAAUCAUGGUCUCGUAUGAUUUUGACAAGGUUCCUGCUUUGGUGUCCCUUCAACCAAAAUACGAUGAACAUAGCAUUUUCUAUGGUCCUUUUGAAGAGGAAUUUUUGGAUGCUUUUAUAAAGCAAAAUAUGUUGCCUCUGGCUUUGCCCAUAAACUAUGACUCUCUAAAGUCACUGGAAGAUGAUGAAAGAAAAAUUGUUCUGACAUUUGUGGAGGAUGAGGCAGAAGAGAAAUCUAAGAAACUGAUCAAGAUAUUGAAAUCUGCUGCUUCUGCAAAUCGUGACCUAGUAUUUGGUUAUGUUGGGAUCAAACAGUGGGAAGAAUUUGCUGAUACAUUUGAGGCUACUAAGAAGUCACCACUGCCAAAAAUGGUCAUCUGGAAUCGAAAUGAAGAUUACUUUACGGUUGUUGGUUCAGAAAGCAUUGAUGAGGAGGAUCAAGCUUCGCAGGUCUCAAGAUUCCUUGAAGGAUAUAGGGAAGGUAGAACAAUACAGAAAAGAAUAAGCAAAUCAUCGCUGCUUGGGUUUAUAAAUUCACUAAUUGGCAUCAGAACUGUGUACUUGAUCGUUUUUUUGGUUGGAGUUAUUAUGCUUAUUCGAAACAUCAAUAAAGGAGAUGAUGAGCCUCUUGGGGUUGGUAGUCAAGACGAGGUUGAUCGUGCUAGCAGCUCUGUUUCUGAGUCCGAAAGCAAAGAGUAUAAACAUGGAGAAAAAGAAGACUGAAGAUAAAAUAGAGAUGAAUUUCUAACUGGACCAAUCAGGGAAAAUGUUGAAAAGAGGAGGCUGUAAUAGCAGGUUAAUAUGCAUGAAAAUUUGACAAUGAUUGAUAAAUUAUCCGUUGUGCCCAUGAUUUUGUAGAGAAAAGCUUAUUCUGAUGUCUAGACUUUGGAUUUCUGGGCACUUCAUUCCUGGCAGCCUUGCCUUGUUUGUGUUAUAUGCAGUAAAUAUUUAUUUGAGGAAUAGAAACUUUGUUUUCCUUUAGA